ACUACACUUCCCAUAAUCCAGGUCUUCAAGGGCGCUUCCGCAAGCGCGCGCUCUAAUCUGCACAGGUUUUGCACAAACGGAUGUUCGCGCACAUCGGAUGAGCUUCUGUUUAACUCUAUCAACCCUACGUUUACUUUAAGACAUCACAAUGCCAAAGUCAAAGGAAGUGUUGUCUUCUACCUCAGACAGUGACUCUGACAGUGAAGUUGACACGAAGGCAAAAAGAAAGAGGCAAGCGACUCCAGAAAAGCCAUCAAAGAAACAAAAAAGUGGAGAAACCUCAAAAAUGUCAUCUGCCUCUAAAAGCAGUAGCAGUAAAAAUGACAAUAUGUUCCAGAUCGGAAAGAUGAGGUAUGUGAGUGUUCGUGAUUUCAAGGGAAAAGUGCUGAUUGAUAUCCGGGAAUACUGGAUAGACCAAGAAGGUGAAAUGAAACCAGGCCGGAAAGGUAUUUCACUGAACCCAGAGCAGUGGAACCAACUAAAAGAGCAGAUAAGUGAGAUUGACGACGCUGUGAGGAGGAUAUAAGACCUGUCCGCAGUUCACUGGCAACCUGGAUGCUUUUUUAAAACAGAUUCUCGCUCUGCAGUUGUGCUUAUGUUGCCCUCCAAAGCCCAAACACAGUAUCUACACCUUCUCUGAAUCAGCCAAGGAACAGAUCACAGUCUAAGAGACCUUGUCGUAAAUUUGACAAAUGUAUAAUUGCUAUGUUUUGCCUUUUGUAGAGCGGCAUGCUUCGCAAAGCCAGUGUGGUGACCAGGACACUUUGUAUGAAUAUUUUAGGUUGGGUCUUAUUGAGGUAGUUGUUCAUUGUCUUUUUAAAUUUGAGAUUUUCAUGGUUAGGGUUUUCAAAGGGGUUGGCUAAAGAGAUGGUGUGAGUUUGUGCCCUUAAUUUUUAAUAAAGAUGAUAGACAAAAAAUAA